GUUUUGAUGGCCUUGAUGACACAGAGAAGGAUUUAUUCCUUGACAUUGCUUGUUUCUUCAAAGGGUAUGAUGAAGAUCAUGUAAUAAAUAUAUUGGGCAGCAAUGGGUUUCACCCACGAAUUCCAAUUCUUAUUGAACGGUCAUUGAUAACUAUCUCAUCAUACAACAAGCUGUGCAUGCAUGAUUUGUUACAAGAAAUGGGUAAGGAAAUUGUUCGUCAAGAAUCACCUGAUGAUCCUGGCAAACGAAGUAGGUUGUGGUUUUAUGAAGAUAUCUAUAAAGUGUUCAGAGAUAAUACGGUACGUUUUAACUCCAUAUAAGUUUAAUUGCAAUUUUGAUAUUCAAGUUGUGCAAGAAAAAAAAAAAAAAAAAAAAAAAGGGAUUGCUGCAUCUUUUUUUCCAUCUAAAACAAUUGUAAACUAGGAUAAUUUUAAGGUUUUUACAGUAACUUACAUAAAGUUUUUGAUAAUUAGGUGACAGAAACAAUUAAAGGCAUUAUGUUAAACGUGCCUAAUGAACAUGUACCAGAGGAGUUACACGUAGAUGUCGAUGUCUUUGGGAAGAUGAAAAAACUUAAACUACUCAAACUUAGUGGCAUACGACCUUGUGGACAAUUUACAUAUCUUUCAAAUGAAUUAUGUUAUCUCGAUUGGGAUAAUUAUCCUACAAAGUUUUUGCCAUCCAAUUUCCAUCCAAAAAUAUUGGAUUUUCAUGGAGUUUAUGAAAAUAUUGGAUUUGAUCUCAAAAUCAAUGGUUAUGGACUGGAGGGACGUACGUAUGAUGUGGAGUAUAAAGGCAGUCACGUUAUUUUGAUGAAGGAAACUAAAUAUUUCGAUGAGUUGUCUGAAGAGUAUCAACCAAUUAAAAAUUGGAUGAAGAAGAGACCAAAGCUCAGCCCAGGCCCUCCCAAUAUUUGUGAUGAUGACAUCUGUUACAUUCAGGCUUCAGCUGUAACAAUUGACUACAUACGUGGCACUAGACAAGAAAGGAAGGUGAAGAAAAUGGGUAUCCAUCUAAUUAUGGAGGAGCAAGGUGAAGGUUAACACACAGAAAUCCUAGAAGUCAGUUGCAUGUUUGUGGAGCAGCUUUAAGAGGCAAUAGAAAGGAUCAUUUGGAUACUUUUGAUGGUCAAUUUUGUUUCGAUUCUCAAUUUUGUAUACAAGAAGCUCUGACUGUUGUAACAAAAUUUUCAAUUGUGAUGGAAAAUGUUUUGUUAGUACGUACCAUAAUCUUUUUGGUCAUAUAUGGAUUAUAAUUUCACAUCGAGUCCUAAAAAUUUUUAUUUAUAAUAAUCACAUCGUGUAAUGAUAAUUAUUGGGUUACAAGAGGGCACUAAUUAAAGUCUACCACUCACAAAUAAAAAAGGGGUCAAAAUUUUGAUGGUCAUGGA